ACGUAACGACUUCUGAAAGUCUAUCUUUGAUGAUCGUAGCAUGCCGAAGCAGAGUUUCGUGUUUACAUUGUGUAGGAUGGGAAAUGGACAUGGCGUUUCACAUGCCUCGGAUUGGUGUACGUGACACAGGGAAUGAUUCUAAUGACGAGCUUAAUAAUGUUUGUGCAGUUGACAUUUGUAACGCAAUAAGUAACCUUCGUAUGUGUGGCAAAUGUAAAAGUGUUCGAUACUGCUGCAAAGAACACCAAAAACUCGACUGGAAAAAACACAAAACCGUCUGCUUAAAGAAGAGUAAUGCAGGCUCCUCAGCAACAACGAAGCCUCAGCAAGCUGGUGAUCCGGAAGAUGCUCUGAGGAAACCUCCUCCUACGAGUAACACAACCGCGGCUAUGACUUCACCUAAGGUAUUGUUUUCCCUUGGUGAUACGAAUGAACCCAAUGACCGCAGUGCACGUACUACCACAAUAACUGGAACUGAUGAGCAGUACACAGUACAGUCUUCAACAAAUGGACUUGGCAGAACGCAUGGUAGUACAAGUUCGAAUUCCACCUCUUCCUUAUUGAGUCGUUCCUCUUCAGGUGUAUCAAGCUGCUCCAGUCUGGACACUGCUUUUCAACACCUCCAAUCAACAAUUGAUGAAGACCCUGAGGGACCACGUCGAAUUCCAAGUGAUCUUCAGUCAAAAUUACAGCAAGAAUCCGCAAUAUUUUCAGAAAGACUAGGUUCAGGUUAUCCAUUAAAACCAUUUGAGUCCAACAAAGGAUUUGGAAAUAUGCCCCCUCUGCAAGAGGACAACAUUAGCAAUGGAGAUUGUCUGCCUGGAGAAAAUAUUAAACUUCAUGACUUGGUGAAACGGGUGGUGAAAUCACUCACCACACAACAUGGAAUCUGUGUGCUUGAUAACUUUCUGGAUGAGAGACGUGGGUUAGCAAUUCUGAAGGAGGUACAGCAGAUGCAUUCCAGUGGUCAGUUUCAAGAUGGUCAGGUUGUCCGCAGUAGGGAUGACGAUUCCAGAAAGAUAAGAGGUGAUCAAAUAGCAUGGAGGAAUGGUCAUGAGCCCGAUUGUGAAAACAUAAGUUUUUUAAUUUCAGUUUUAGACUCUAUACUAGCAUUGUGCAAUGGAAAAUUGGAAAAUUAUGACAUUAAUGGCAGAACGAAGGUAAGUCUACCAGGUGUCAUUAUGCAGAACAUCAAGAAAAAAGUGAUAAAAAAUGGUGGAUUAUUGAAAGUGUAUCCAGAAGGAGCUUCCGGCCCAGCAAGCGUAGCUCCGCUUUUUAACAGACUUUUAUUCUUCUACUCCGACCGGAGAAAUCCACAUGAGGUCUUCCCAGCUUAUGCUACAAGAUUCGCUAUUACUGUGUGGUACCUCGACGGUAAUCAAAAAUCAACCAUAAAACGUCCUGUUAAGAUAUGACUUUUCAACAACUGUAGAUUCUGAAGUGAUUUAAACCAGCAUCAUGCAAAACAGCACACAGAUAUGAAGCAAUGUGAUUUUAUAGUUUAUAUAGACAUGACAUCUGCAGCGGAGUUAUAGUUGUCCUAAUAAAAAAAUACCCCAACACCAGACUUACAAAAACUUGUGCGCAUUCAAGCUCUCGCUUAAGGACCAAACCGUCGCACAUAAAUGCAAUAUACUCAACAAAAUGUGCAUACUGUUGCACUACCUACAGAUAAUAGAUUACAAUAGUAAUGAUAUACAUUAUACUUGUGUUAUGACCAGUAGGACAAGCGUGAUUACAAUAUGGCACCAAACUACUUGUGAUGUAUGACUGUUAGUUACCAAUGACAGUAUUAUGGAUGCAGAUGCUAUGUCAAAGGUCACACUUAAAAGCACUGAGAAACUCAGGAUUUUAUUCUUAUGAUUCAGGUGCAUGUACGUACUAUAAAUGAAUCCAUAUUUGUUGAAGGACAGCAUGUAAAUGAAUAUUUACUGUUGCUGUAUCCGGUUUGACUACCAUUCAUUGUACUACUCUCCCUCACGAAAUGUAUCCAUGGGAAACACAAGCCAACGAAACAUUAUUGAAAGUAGUUCUUGGGCAUCUCUCCAAGAACAAUAAUCAUUGGCAGACUUUGUUGCUCAAGAAUGGCUAGGUUUUGUGUUUUUUCUCCCCUACCUCUAUAUUGACCUUACCUUAAUAGUAGAUUUAAUCUGUUAUACAUACUAAGGAAUUCUGUAAAAAAAUUUGUUUAGGCCUUGUGAAAUCAAACAAACUGUUAGUGUGGUACUUUCAUAUUUCUUACAGUAAUAUUAAUAAUAUAUUUUAAAAAGGGGUUAUAUUCUGGUCCAUUUUAAAUUUAAUUGGCAUUAGAAAAAUGCCUUUUUUUUUUAAAGUAGUAAAAACAGGACCAGUUAAAAAAUCCAUUGAAAACCACUAUCAAUUGUAUUUUUAAACAGCAUUUUAAAAACUUCCAUUUUACUGGUUAUGUUUCUACUCAUUAAUAAGUUAUUAUAGUAAACAUAAUACCUCUAUGUUCUACUACAUUGUUAUAAAGGGGCCUAAAAUUACAUAUUUUUUUCUUGGCAUCAGAAAUUCCUAAGUACUGUAAUAUUUUUCCAACUACACACAAGUACACAGUGGCGUAUCUAGGCGGAAGGUAUGUGGGUGUCUAAAGAAAACAGAUCAUGCUCUCAAAGUUCAAAAUUGCCACAUAUCAACUUAUUUUGCAACCUAGAAUGCCCCCCCCCCCAUUUUAAGACUCCCAGGUAUGCCACAGCAAGUAGAAGAUCCUUAUCUCUUUGCUUGUGCAACCAGUUUCGGUACUUCUGUACAUGCAUCAACACUAAAAGUAUAAAACACUUUGAGACUUAUCUAAUUGAGCUUUUUAUUAAUAUAGCUUUUCGUAUAUUACACAGUACACUUCUUGAGAUGAAAACCUCAGCUAGUCUGUAAGUGCUUCUUCGCUGUUAUUUACUGUUUAUAGACCAUUACACCUCACCAUAAUUAUUUAGUAAAAAAAAAAACCUCAUAGAAAAUGUAUAUAUUGUAUAAUAAUAAAGUAGUUCUUAUUGUCAGGUUUGUCAUAUCAAUUAUAAUAAUAAAAAAACAUUUUACAAUAGCCAUCUCAUAAAUAUAUGUUUAGCAAUAUCAAAGGUUAAAAACAUCUCUAAAAAAAAUAAAAAUAAAUUGCAUUGCUCUAUAUACUAUAGUACUGUACUGUUGAUGUAGCAUAUAAUAUUAAAAUUUGAAUCAAAUUACAGUACAGUACCACGUUUAUGUUUGCCACACUAAUCGGGGUUUGUGAAACUUUUUGAUAUGUAUACUUUAGUUUAUUGAUAUUCAUAUGUAAUUUGCAAACAAGUGUAAAUUUAAUUUAGAACAACAUUAUUUACCAGUGGACAUUUUUUGCAGUCAGCAAAGUUUCUCAUGCAGUUAUCAACUACUCUUGGUUUCCGAUCGCGACACUGGUUGAAAUACCAUUAAGAAUGGUGGUAAAGCUUCGUUUCACACCAAUCCACUUGCUGGUCAAAUUUCCAUUAAAACAAAAAAAAAAUCAUGUCAGGUAGAUUAAAAUCACGUCUAUCGCCGUAUUUUGCGAGCUAGUGCUGCUCACUUCACCAUUUCAUGACUUAAAUACACCACUGAUCCAGAUAUGUCAAAUUACCAUCAAGAAUAGUGAUGCACCAAUACAGGUGCUGGUAAAAAUACCAUAAUGGUGAUACACCUUGGUUCUGCACCAAUCCAGAUGCUGGUCAAACUACCACUAUGUUCCAGUUGCUGAUAACAAUGGUGAUUAUAGCAUCUUAUGAAAGCUGAAACCUUGCUUAUUCCAAACAAAUGUUCAAUGGUAAAUAGAAACAAUUUUGUUGUAAAAUAUUGAAAUCUAGGCAAGUUUAUUCCAAAAAGUUUACAUUACGGUGUAAUAUACAGACUUUACUAUGUAAUGUACUGUAAUAUAAUUAAUAUGUUUAUAUAGUCUGUGCAGUUGUCAAUAAAUCAUACAAUAAUAAUUGUGUAUGAAAUGAUUAAUAUACUAUUAGUAAAUGAGCAGUUUGUUAGUGAACACUGUCAAUACGAGAAUAUGUUGCAAGGUGGUUAUAACAAUGCAUAUUGCAAAUAAAGUGAUUUUAAACUAA